AUGGCCUUCACUGGGAAGUAUGAGAUAGAGAGUCAGGAAAACUAAGAUGAAUUUCUCAAGCACAUAGGUAUCCCCGAUGCCAUCAUAGAGAAGGGACAUAACUUCAGGAUCGUGACGGAGGUGGUUCAGAAUGGCAGCGACUUUACCUGGACUCAGAUCUAUCCCGCCACGUCAGUGACCAAUAACUUCACCAUUGACAGAGAAUGUGACAUGCACACCAUGGCAGGCAAGCAUUUUAAGGCUACUGUAACAAUGGAAGAGGGCAAAUUAUCUGUACGGUUUCCGAAUUACCACCACACAGCUGAAAUUAGUGAAGACAAGCUCACUGAGGUGAGUGGUUAA